UAGAUUUUUUUUGCAUUUGGAGGAAAAUCAGUUGCAUUGAGCAUAGCAUUUAGUGCAGACGCGAAAAAUCACAUUCUGCAGUAGUUACUGAAGGAAGAUGUUUUCAACAAUUUUUGAUGAAAAGGAAAAACUGUGGACUGGUCUAAGUAGGGCUCCACAUUACAAUAUUAAUCUUUCCGUUGGCCAGGCUAUUUUACAAUCACUCGAGUCAAAUCCGAAUAAAAUUGGCCAGAUCAGCGACAACAAUGGCAUGAUGCUGACGAAUAAUGAAAUAAGAAUGAAAACUAUUUUCGUUUCGCAAAAUUUACUCAAAAUCGGAGUGAAGGAGGGAGAUGUGGUUGCAGUCAUCGCUCGAAAUCAACAUUACGUCGCUCCUGUGGUCUUCGCUUGCCUUACUAUUCUGGCACCUGUUAACACUCUUGACGCAAGCUUCACCCCAACCGAAAUAGCUCACAUCAUGAAAAUGACGCAGCCGAAGAUAAUUUUUUGUGAUUCAAAUAACGUACUUAGCAUUCGGGAUUCGUUAAAACUACUGAAGACAACAGUUCCAAUAUUCGCUUUCGGUGGUAAGGUUGAUGGGGCCCGUAUGGUGGAGGAAUUGUUUGUUCCGUGCGAAAACGAUGAACUCUUCUGUCCGCCAAAUUUAACUGAUGGAAAAAAUACAGUCGCUGCUAUUGUUUGUUCUUCUGGAACAACCGGUUUAAGCAAAGGAGUUGGCUUAACGCAUGCAGCAAUAUUGGAAAAUAUGCUGAAACUGACGCCGUUAAUACAAGACGACGUAAUGCUGUGCUUCAGUUCUCUGUACUGGCUAUCUGGGUUCCUUACGUUAAUGCUUGCAACAAUUAUUGGUGCAAGAAGAAUCAUAACAACCGAAACAUUCAAUCCUGAACUGUUUCUACACAUUGUGGAAAAGUACAAAGUUACGGUGACUAUGACAUCGCCCUCGUAUAUUGCGCUAUUACUGCAGAGCGACAGACUAUGCCAAUCCAGUUUGUCAAGCAUGAAGCUAUUUUGGUGCGGUGGAAGUUAUGUCGCCGAAGAGCUUACAAGGGAAAUGAACAAAUAUUUGAUCAACGGAAGGGUUCAAGUUGCAUAUGGUUUGACGGAGAUAGCUGGACUGUUUUCGGCGAACAAUACAAACAGAAAUCUAAAUUCGGUUGGGAAGUUAGUUUUCAAUAUCAAAGUGAAACUUAUCGACGACAAUGGACAAUGGUGUGGUGUAAACGAAACCGGAGAAAUAUGCUGCAUGACACUCUAUCCAUUUCUUGGUUAUUUCGGCGAUGAAGAAAACACUAAACAAAUAUUGGAUGACAAUGGCUGGAUACACACCGGAGACGCUGGCUAUUUCGACGCUGAUGGAUAUUUGUAUAUUGUGGACCGCAAAAAAGACAUCUUGAAGUACAUGAACUAUCAGAUAUCUCCGUCAGAGUUAGAGAGUAUCAUUUUGACCUGCGAUGGGGUCGCCAAUGUGUGCGUUGUCGGUAUUCCCGAUCUUGUUAAAACAGACUUACCAGCUGCGGUGGUCGUAAGGACACAUUUUGGACAUAGGAUCACGUCCGACGAAAUCAAAAAUGCCGUUCAGGAGAAAUGUUCCGAUUUCAAACAGUUGCGGGGAGGCGUCUAUUUCGUUGAAACCUUACCUAUGACACCGUCGGGGAAGAUUUUAAGGCGCAUUGUCAGAGGCAUGGCCAUAGAAUUGUACAACAAUACGAAUGGAAUUGAACAAUGAAUUAUUUACGGAGAUGAGUUAUUCCAUAUCACUGCACUUGAAGCAGUGGUAUGGUUAUCCUGAAUCAUAUUUAGAUUGAAAGUUCGUUAAACGAUUGAAGAUUGAAUAAAGUAUAUGUAUCUUCUAGAACUAGUAUAGCAACGAAGCCACUUGUUAGGACGAUCUACCUGCUACGUUGUUGUCUCCACUGCCUGCACAAUGAAGUCUUACAGACUUUGCAUAUACUUAUGGAGUUUCUGUUGGGUUCUGUAGUAAAUUGAGCUUGCCCCGAUUCUAGAUUCACUUUAUCGAUCACUUACUAGUCGAAAUAUUAUUCAACAUAAAGCUUCACUGUUUAUGCGAGUCUGAAAAUUCAAAACACCAAAGUUCAUCCGAAAAGUUUCAUAAAACUUAAAAUUCGCCAAACGUUACCGGAUGAAAUUAAUGUAAAAUGAUGUUCUCAUGUUCAAUAAAGACAUUCUAACCUGACUUGCCUUGUACGACAGUCGGCCUGUGUGUGGCUAUCACGGUAGCUGCACACAUAAAAAGGCCAUCCUUUUAGACGUGACUGGUCAUCUGUUAUUGACAUAGAUCGAC